AUGGCUAUAGCUCUGCAGGACUCCACACCUGUCCUCAUGGUAAGGCCUCCUAACAGCCCUGAGAUCCCACAUGUUAUGGAAGGAACAGAGAGUCCUGCCUCCUUUAUCACCAUUCUAAGUGAAGAUCUCCAACACAACCCCAUUUGUGCUGGGACAGAGAACAAGCUGAGUACCCUGUCCGACCUGGAUAUGCAGUACCGCACAAUGAGGAAGUACUACGAGAACUGCGAGGUGGUGAUGGGAAAUCUGGAGAUCACAAGCAUCGGUCGCAGCCGUGACCUCACCUUCCUCCGAUCCAUCAGAGAGGUGACGGGCUAUGUGUUGGUGGCUCUGAACCAGUUUGACUACCUGCCCCUGGAAAACCUGAGGAUCAUCCGAGGAACCAAACUCUAUGAAGAUCGCUACUCUCUGGCUAUUUUCCUCAACUACAGGAGAGACGGGAACUUUGGUCUGCGCCAGCUGGGCCUCAAAAACCUCACAGAGAUCCUGAGUGGAGGAGUUUACGUGGACCAGAACAAGUUCCUGUGCCAUGCAGACACCAUCCACUGGCAGGAUAUUGUGAAGAACCCUGGAGCCUAUUCUCUGGUUGUGCCCACCAACAGCAGUGUGGCAUUCCACCGUCAGAAGUGCCAUCGCUCCUGCAAUGGUCGCUGCUGGGGGCCCAAAGAGGACCAGUGCCAAAGCUUGACAAAGACGGUGUGUGCGGAGCAGUGUGAUGGCCGCUGCUUUGGGCCCUAUGUGAGCGACUGCUGCCACCGCGAGUGUGCUGGGGGCUGCUACGGGCCCAAGGACACGGACUGCUUUGCCUGCACAAACUUCAAUGACAGCGGUGCGUGUGUGACUCAGUGCCCACAGCCCUUCAUUUACAACCUGACCUCAUUCCAACUGGACCACAACCCUGGUGCCAAGUACACCUACGGAGCCUUCUGCGUCAAGAAGUGUCCACAUAACUUUGUGGUAGAUCAUAGCUCAUGUGUCAGAGCAUGUCCCAGUAACAAGAUGGAAGUGGAGGAAAAACGCAUUAAGAUGUGUAUCCCCUGUUCCGAUAUUUGUCCUAAAGCAUGUGAUGGCAUAGGUACAGCCAGCCUCCACGAAGCUCAGACUGUGGAUUCCAACAACAUCGACAGUUUUGUGAACUGUACCAAAAUAAAUGGGAACCUGGUCUUCCUCAUUACGGGAAUCAAAGGGGACGUAUAUCACAACAUUGACGCGUUGGACCCAGAAAAACUCAAUGUGUUUCGCACUGUUCGGGAGAUCACAGGGUAUUUGAACAUCCAGUCCUGGCCUGACAACAUGACAGACUUCAGUGUGUUCUCCAACCUGGCCACUAUCGGAGGCAGACAACUGUACAGUGGCAUCUCUCUGCUGAUUUUGAAGCAGCAGUUCAUCUCAUCUCUGCAGUUCCAAUCUCUGAAGGAGGUCAGUGCUGGGAACAUCCACAUCGCUGAGAACAGCCAACUGUGCUACCACAACACCCUCAACUGGACCCAACUGCUCAGGACGGAGAACCAGAAGGUCCAGAUCCGUAGCAACCGCAGUCCCAAAGAAUGCUCUCGGGAGGGUAUGGUGUGUGACCCUCUGUGCUCAGAUGCUGGGUGCUGGGGCCCAGGUCCAGACCAGUGCCUCACCUGUCGAUACUUCAGCCGGGGUCGCACCUGUGUGGACGCCUGCCAUCUACACCAAGGGGAGAUCCGGGAGUACGCCAAUGGCUCUGUGUGUGUGGAGUGCGACGCCCAGUGCGAGAAAGCAGAGGAUGACUCUUUGACCUGCAAUGGGCCGGGCCCAGAGCAUUGCAUAAAGUGCCUUCACUUCAAAGAUGGACCAAACUGUGUGGAGAAAUGUCCGGACGGGCUGCAGGGCGCCAACAGCUUUAUCUUUAAGUACGCCGAGGCCAACAACGAGUGCCACCCCUGCCACGCCAACUGCACCCAGGGGUGUAUUGGACCGAGACUCCAGGAUUGCAUUGGCUGGAUGGACAGGACGCCUCUGAUCGCAGCGGGGGUGAUAGGAGGUCUCUUCAUGGUGGUCAUCAUGGUGCUGGGUAUGGCAGUGUCCAUGAGACGCAAGAACAUCAAGAAGAAGAGAGCUCUGCGACGCUUUUUGGAGACAGAGCUGGUGGAACCCCUAACCCCCAGCGGCACAGCACCCAACCAGGCCCAAUUGCGCAUCCUGAAGGAGACCGAGCUCAAACGGGUCAAAAUCCUUGGUUCUGGGGCAUUUGGGACUGUUUACAGGGGAAUUUGGGUUCCUGAAGGUGAAACGGUGAAGAUCCCAGUGGCCAUCAAAAUCUUGAAUGAAGCGACUGGACCCAAGGCCAACGUGGAGUUUAUGGAUGAGGCCCUGAUCAUGGCGAGCAUGGAGCACCCUCACCUGGUGCGCCUGUUGGGGGUGUGUCUGAGCCCCACCAUUCAGCUGGUCACUCAGCUCAUGCCCCACGGCUGCCUCCUGGACUACGUGCACGAGCAUAAGGACAACAUCGGCUCACAACUGCUGCUCAACUGGUGUGUGCAGAUCGCCAAGGGGAUGAUGUACCUGGAGGAGCGCAGGUUGGUCCACAGAGAUCUCGCUGCCAGGAACGUGUUGGUGAAGACCCCGAACCACAUCAAGAUCACAGACUUUGGCCUGGCGCGCCUGCUCGAUGUCAAUGAGAAGGAGUACAACGCGGAUGGGGGCAAGAUGCCAAUCAAAUGGAUGGCUCUUGAAUGUAUUCAUUAUCGAAAGUUCACACAUCAGAGUGAUGUUUGGAGUUAUGGCGUGACCAUCUGGGAGCUGAUGACCUUUGGAGGAAAGCCUUACGAUGGUAUUUCCACCAGAGACAUCCCCGACUUGUUAGAGAAGGGAGAGCGUCUCCCACAGCCACCAAUCUGCACCAUAGACGUAUACAUGGUCAUGGUCAAAUGUUGGAUGAUUGACGCAGACAGUCGGCCGAAGUUCAAAGAGUUGGCAGCAGAGUUCACACGAAUGGCCCGGGACCCUCAGAGAUACCUGGUCAUUCAGGGCGAUGACCGGAUGAAGCUGCCUGGCCCCACAGACAGUAAGUUGUUCCAGAAUCUGUUGGAGGAGGAAGAGCUGGAGGAGCUGAUGGACGCUGAAGAGUAUCUGCUCCCACAUGGAUACCCGCCUCUGGCCUACCCGCCCCGCCCCCGCAUGGAGCCCAACAAGGGCCAGUUUACAUACCAGGACCCCAGCUUCAGUAUGGAGGGCAUGCUGACCUCUCUGCCCAGAGUGGUGCCUGGAGCGCCCUCUGCAGGGGGAUGUGUGCCGGGGCAGGAGCUUGGCUCAGUGGUGCAGGGGGGCUUCAGCCGGAGCCAGGAGGAUCCCCGCUGUAACGGUACACUGAGGAAACAGGCCUCUCCCAGGGCCAGCAUGCUGACUGUUAGCUCUGCAGCUCCAGGAGAUGAUGGCAGUGCACAGCGCUACAGUGCAGACCCCACGGUUCUGUUAGCAGAACGAGUGGCCAAAGCAGAGAAGGAGCAUGCCGCAGCCAGAGACAAGAACAGCACAGACUACGUGAAUCCUGUGGAGGAAAACCCCUUUGUGACUCGCCGGAGGAAUGGAGAGGCCCAUGCUGUGAUGGAUGGCGCGGGCUGCCACGCGCUGCACAUGGUGGGUGUGGUUGGAGGAACUGUCCCAAAGAGCCAGCCCCCCUCCACAGAAGAGGAGUAUGUGAACGAACCCCUGUAUCUGAACACCUUUCUGAACCCUGGGGACAAGAACGGCCUGGCAGGGGGCAUCUCUGUGGCAGGAGCCUCUGCUCCAAAAACAGUUUCUCAAACAGUGGUCCCAUCCACAUCCAGCCACACAGUGUCAUCCAGUGGAUAUGUACUGCCCCCCGGUCACCUGCCCCACUCCUCCUACCCUUCCCACACGCUGCACCCCUCCCAUUCAGGACACACUCUGCACUCAGGCACCACCAGCACCAUCAUGUUUGAUAAAAAAGCCAAGAAGGCCACUUUUGACAAUCCUGAAUACUGGCAGCACAGUCUCCCCCCCAAAUCCUCAGUGCACAACCCCGAGUACCUGCAGGACUGCAGUACACGCUUCUUUUACCGGCAGAAUGGACGCAUUCGCCCCGCUGUGGCAGAGAACCAGGAGUACCUCUCGGAGGCAGCCAUGAAGGCGGGCAAUGUGCUGCCCCCACCCCCUUACAGACAGAGGAACACUGUGGUGUAGUCCCACUGUAGCACACACAGGCUGGAGGUGAUUGGCUCAGACUGUCCACUCAUUUCCACAGACUUUCUCAACGUGGGAGAGCUC